AUGGGAACUGGUAAAGAAGAUACAGCCGUCUUCCUAGAUCGUGAUUCUCGAUCAACCAGAGGGAGAAGGAAAAUGGAUGCUAUCCACACUUUUGCCAGAGAAGGAGAACUGGAUAAUUUGCUUAAAUGCAUUGAAAGUGGUGUUUCUGUGCAUUUGCAAGACAAUAAAGGCAGGACCCCGAUGCAUUGGGCUGUAGAUCAUGGCCAUCUUAAAAUUGACGAAGCACUUCUUAGCAGGAAUGCUGAUGUGAAUGCUAAGUUCUUUGGUGCGAGUGAAACCCGAAUCAAGAAGUACUUUGAAGGGGAUGAAGAGGCACUCCUUCAGCUCUUGAGGCCAUUUUGCGGAGAAAGUUGGCUGGGAAGCAUGAGGAGACCGAUGAUGAAUUGA